AUGGACACGGCGGCACCACCGUCUUCUUCCCCAUCGGAGGAGCCUCAGAAUCAAAAUCAACACCACGAUCUUCAACAUCAACUUCAACAAGAACAACAACAACUUUCUCCGGUGAAAGACUUUAUUCACAAAACCAAAACGAUUCAAUUUCUCGGACGCACUACUCCGAUCGUUCUUCAAAACGACAAUGGACCUUGUCCUCUCCUCGCUAUUUGUAAUGUUCUUCUGCUACGAAACCAGUUAGGUUUAAGCCCGGAUGUGGCUGAAGUCUCACAGGAGAAGUUGCUUUCAUUGGUUGCCGAACGAUUGAUUGAUUCAAAUAGUGAUGUGAAUAACAAAGAUGCAGGCUAUGUCGAAAAUCAACAGCAGAACAUUUCUGAUGCAAUUGAUUUGCUCCCUAGGCUUGCCACCGGAAUUGAUGUAAAUCUAAAAUUUACGAGAAUAGAUGAUUUUGAAUUCACUUCAGAGUGUGCCAUAUUUGAUUUGCUGGACAUCCCGUUGUAUCAUGGCUGGAUAGUUGAUCCGCAGGAUCAUGAUACUGCAACUGCAAUUGGAUCGAAGUCCUAUAAUGCGCUUAUGGGAGAGCUUGUUUCUCUUGAAACACGGAACAUUGAAACCCUACCAAAAAACAACCCAGAAGAAGAUUGUGUUGAUUUUGUGGCCGCAACAACUGCUGCUCUUGGAGUUCCUUCUCCUAGUCUUUCGAAAGCUAUGUCUUUUGAUGAUUCUCCACAUUAUGUUUCUGAUCAGACACCAAGAAAAGGUGAUCUUGAAGAAGAAGAACAGUUGUUGAGAGCCUUGAAGAUGUCUGAAGUGUCAAUGAGUGAUCCUGUUGAGGGUCAUGCAAAUGAUAACAAGGGAGAAGUUUCUUUUGGUACAGACGGAAAUAUGUGUAACAAACAGGCUGUAACCGUGGAUUCUGAAGAUAACUUAGGAAAGAACACUGGUAAAGAAAGCAACGACUACCAUGAAUCAGAAAGCUCCAUACCUGAUGUUUGCACUGCUUCUAGCAAUGACUAUAAUGAACAUACAUCUUCCACAUCUACACUGGGGGAAACAGCUAAUUUGUCCUCAAAGAAUGAUGCCGUAAGUGGCUUCCAUCAAUUAACUUCUACGGGACCUGAAGAAUCUAUUAAACAAAAUGAUGUAGUCGAGAAGCACAACCUUGAUGCAUUGGUUCAGAAUGAGAGUGUUGCCGUUCUUUCUCCUGAAAAAUAUUCCGUUUCUUUAUUUGAGAACUGUGCUGAUGGUUCUAGGGGGGAUGAAAAAGUUCACAAUCAAUCCUCUCUUCUUACAACUAUGGAUCAUGAAGUUUCAGAUGAACCUCAAGGACUUGAUGCAACAGGAGCACCAUGCUUACCUGCAAGCCAUACGAAUUCAGAUUCUUCUAAUAUCAGAUUUCAUCAAACUGAUGCUUCUGGAGUAUUCCCUUCAACUGUUGAUAGGAGUGAGCCCUUGUACGAAGGAGAGGAAUGUGUAUUGGAUACAAGAACUGGAAUUGAGGAACGUGAACCUGUUUAUGAAGGUGAGGCGGUGCUUCAGGAACAGGCUGACAAAAGCACCUUAUCUUCCCUUGAUCUAAGAGCUAAGGAAGAAAUUACUCCAGAACAAGGAGAACAUGCCAAGAAUUUUUUGAGGAAUAAUGCCAGUCAAUUGACAUUUUACGGGCUUUUCUGCCUACAAGAUGGUCUUAAAGAGCGUGAGUUAUGUGUUUUUUUCCGAAACAAUCAUUUCAGCACCAUGUUUAAGCUUGAGGGUGAACUUUAUCUUCUAGCUACAGACCAAGGCUACAUAAAUCAACCUGAUUUGGUUUGGGAAAAACUGAAUGAGGUCAAUGGUGAUACAUUGUUUAUGACUGGCAAUUUCAAGGAAUUCAAGGUAGAAAGCAAUGAAAAUAACACCUGGGAUGAGAACAAUGUUAUGACCAGCACUGCUGACUAUCUUGCCAGCAUAGAUAGUGCAACACAGGGAGGCUUAGAUAUCAAUUCUGAUUUCCAACUAGCAAUAGCCUUGCAACAACAAGAGUUUGAGCAGCAGCCACCACGUCAUAAUCAACAAACACCGUCCUCUAGUGGUAGUUCCAGAUUGGUCACAGGCCCCCAGGUGGCAAGGAGCACUGUUAGGAAUCCAUCUUCAUCUCCCAAGCCUGAUGCAAAAUCGAAAGAAAAAUGUAUAGUGAUGUGA